UUUUUUUUUUUCUCUUUUCUCUUUGAGUAGGACAAUGGCUUGGUCUUCGCUUUUGGCGCGCUGGCGAGGACUGACGCUGCAGCACCCGCGGCUGAUCGACGGACUGCUCGCGCACAAACCACUGCCUGCUGCAUCCAAGAUCACUGCAUCUCCUGCCCUGACUGCUGCGCUGUGGUUGGGGACGAGUGCUGCCCGGUCGUUGUCAUCAGUCUGCACGUCGGCCUCUUCACUGUCCUCGUCGCAGUCCGCCCAGGCACCCUCGCACGCGCGUUCUACCCCGCCGGCCAGGGCGUUCCAUCUCGAUCGCGUUGGUGCAACCUUCCAUGGCAUCUGCGGCACAGGACUAGGCGCAACUCGCCUCGCCAGACUCGUUGCCGCGCCCGCUCGCCAAGACACGCUCACCUCCGCCGCCGUUCGCGCGUCCCACUCGCUGGAGAAGCGGGGACUCGGCGAGCUGUACAAGCACGAGCCCUCCUCGUCUGGCCGAUCGUCGACAACCGCCACCCUGUACAUCCCCGACACCCUCCCUGAGGGCAGGCACUACGGCACGCUCUGGGUGGACAACGUCUUCCCUCUGAAAAUCCACAGCUUGGACCUGCGGUCGAAGCUGGUCAACUCGGACAAGGACGAGCUCACAAAGCUCUUCACUGAAAAGUUUCUGGCACCCUCCAUUGCGUCCAAGGUCAACAUUCUGGACGUGACGCCGCGCCUGAAGGACGGCGGCAUGUUUGUGCACUACACUGUGACGGACGAUGUGUCCUCCGAAGACGUGGCUCUGGCUUGCCAUCUGCACUCCAAGGAGAACGGGGUCCGGGCGUGGUUUAACCAGCAGCGUGUUCGCAUUUACGACGUUGAGGGUAUUCCUUUCAACGAGGACAUUCUUUCCAAGUACCCAACCACCAAGAUUCGCGUUGAAUGGCAGGGUCCUGAUCCAUCGCUGGAGCUCUUUUACGAAGAGUUCCGACCCUACGGACAGAUUUACGACAUCACCAUCAACCCCGUCCAACCCAACACAGUUCGAUCGGCGAUUGUGCAAUACGUGCGCAUUCGUUCCGCCACCAGCGCACGCAACUGUCUUCACGGCAAGAAAAUGGGCAGUGUUUCUCUGACUAUUCGCUACGAACUCACGAACCAAACCAACUUCAUCCUGCAAUGGAUUACCAGCCACCCCCGCAUCACUGUGCCCAUUCUGCUCGCAGUACUCGGUGCCUUGACAUACGCCAUCUUUGAUCCGCUUCGCGUCUUCUUCAUCACCAACCAAAUCACCCAUCGCUUUUCGCUGGACCAGUACAGCAGCUACCAGUGGCUCCAGCGCGAAACGCUUGCCCGCCUCAAAUUCUUGAACGUGUCGGACGACGACGACGAGAAGCACGAUCCGCUGGUCUGGAGCGAGCGCCGACACGACGAGCACCGGCUGAGCAACUGGCUCAAGGAGCAUCCAGACACGUUCUUGUUCUUGAACGGACCCAAGGGCUCGGGCAAGUCUGCUCUGCUCAAGACCGCCAUCCGAGACCGCAAGUACAAGAUUGUCAUUCAUUGCGACCGCCUCGCUGGCCAGAGCGAAAACGAAGUUCUCUCUCGCCUCGCCUCCAGCACUGGUUUCUUCCCGUCCUUCACAUGGUUGCUCCAAGCAUUCAAUCUUGCCGAUUCUUUGAUGGCUGCCGCCACCGGUCAGCGACUUCAAUCUGGUACAUCCAAUACAACCGAAACACAGCUCAAAAAGAUCCUCGAGUGCACCGCAAUCGCCUUGAGCAACAUCACGUCGGCUCAGCGGGAGGCUGCAGCUCAACGUGCAAAGAACGGCAAGACUGGAACUGCGGCGCUUCCUUCGACCCCUACACCUGCUCCUGGGUUGCCGGUUCCUCCGCCUGUCGCUGAAAAGCAGCCUGCCAAUCCCUCCCUGCUCCCGUCACCAGAAUUGGCACCAACGCUUGGUCUUCACCCUGUCAACCAGCCGCACUUGCCGACGGUCGUGGUUCACGACGACGAGGGCCGCUUGCUUGACAGUGAAGCCAUCGAGUACCCCGUGGUGGUGAUUGAUGGAUUCUACGACAAGGACAAGGACAAGAACCAGCUGCUCUACGACCGUCUGGCCGAGUGGGCAGCGCUGUUGGUGGAGACCCAUAUUGCCCACGUUGUCUUUGUCAGCAACAACACGAGCGCCGUGAAACCACUGGCGAAGGCCCUGCCCAACAAGGCAUUCGAGACCAUCUCCCUGUCUGAUGCCUCGUCCGAUGCGGCGGUCUCGUAUGUGAAGCGAGGGCUUGACCACGUGCCCCACGUUGUUGCCGAGGACAUUCCCACUUCCGUCGCCUAUCUCGGUGGUCGGCUGACUGACCUGCAGCUGCUCGUCCAGAAGGUGAAGGCUGGCAUGACUGCCCGCGAGGCAGUGAGCGACAUUGUUCAACGUGCAAUUGUCGAAGUCCGCAAGUAUGGUCUUGCCGAAGAGAUUUCAGACGCCAACCCCAGCAUGGUCUGGUCGCGCGUGCAGCUCUGGUACGUCAUCCAGCUGUUGGCUCAGUCUGAAGACGUGAGCUUUGAUGAGAUCAAGUAUUCGCCGUACUUUAAGGGCGACGACAAGGCGCUGUUUGCACUCGAGCGGGCCGAACUGAUCAACGUUGUUCAUGGCAAUGGCCGCCCGCUUUUGAUUCGCGCGGGUAAACCCGUCUACCGCGCGGCCUUCCGGGAAAUGAUCUACGACACCAAGUUCAGCGCUGGAAUGGACCUCACGGUUGCCAAGACGCUCCUCGAAGAGGAAGACAAGCGGAUUCUCGGGUUGGAGAACGAGCUCAAAGACAUUGCCUUGAUCUACCAGGGCAACGUGUCGCUAUCGCGCACGCUGCAAGACCGCCAAGAGCACCUUUUGGAGCGGCUGCACGAGAGCCAAGCCAAGGCCGCCAAGUACUAUGCCCAGCUGAACGCGGCGAAAGCAACCCUCAAGCCGAGCCCGGUUUCUGCCAACGGGUCGAGCUCUUCGAGCUAUCAAUGACGCGACGCGUGUUUUUGUUGCUGUUUGCAUGUUUUUGUUCUUCAUGCUCAGACUAACAGCGAAACUGAAUCGGACGAAAAUCCAAAAUCCAUCGCAAUGUUUUUGCUUCUUCUUUCGUUUUGCAAAAUCUCUGCUUGGUUUCCUCUCAUUGCUCCAUUUUGUGUUCCAUUACAUACAUUCAUUUAGCUG